AUGGCGUCCCCGCAGCAGCACACAAUCCAGCUCGGCGUCCUGACCGUCAAGCCCGAGCUCCGGCCCGACGACCGGCCCCCGCUGGACGACGUCUGCUCCCGGCUGCAGGCCGUCCCCGGCGUCUCGGCCCUGUACCGCGGCCGCCACGCCGAGCGCCCGGACCGCUGGACCCUGGCCGUGCGCUGGGCCGAGCCCGCCGCCCUCGACGCCUUUCUCCACUCGCCCUCGUACACCGGCUGGCUCGCCUCGCUGCGGGCCGUCGCCGACUCAUACCUCUUCUACCGCGCCCCCGCCCUGCGUGGCGAUGCCCUCGCCGCCCUCGCCGCCCCCUGCACAGAGGUCUUCUCCGCCUACGGCGCUGCCCAGUCUUUCCUCGACGACCGCAUGACGCCCUUUGCCGAUAAUGUCGACGCCGGCCGCUUGCCGGGCUACCGUGGCUCCGCCUAUGGCCGCUUCGACCGCCUCUUGCACCACGGCUCCCUCGCCUCUCCGGACGGCAUCGUCGUCGUCAUCCUCAUCGGCUGGGAUUCCAAGGAUGCCCACAUGGCCCAGAGAGGCGAGGGCAAGCUCAUUGACCAGCACAUCCACUACGUCCGAGAGGACCGCGAGUCCGUCGACUUGUACCACGUUAGCCUGACCAAACUGUAA